ACAGGCGGCGCGCACACAUACACAGGCACGGGCUCAAUCUACCUCAGUCUCAUACAAGUGUAGGGAGAGUAGAGUGUGGAUAAUGCAAGAGGUUUCGUUGUACCUGACACUUGUCUCACCUGGGCCUCACAACAACCACUCUCUCCAGCCCCAUAUACUCCACCUCCUGCCCAAAGUUGUGUAUAUAUAAGCCUAACAGCUAAGACCAAUAUUUUAAAAGUUCUUGCAUUUAUUUUUGGUAUGAAAAACAAGCUUGGUACGGACAAACUGUAAGCUUCAGUUUCUGCUAAUUAAUGAUAUGUUUUGAGUGACACGUCAUAACUGAUAUCGCAAUAUUCUGCUGGAAAAUAGCAGCUCAGGUGAGGUUAGUCCUAGCAGGUAUCUGCUGUUCUCAGAGAUGGGACGCUACAGUUUAUCACUGGAGUACUAGUGUGUGUGUGUCAAGGAAGAACACUUGACAAUGUUGAUACAAGCAACAUGAAGUGUAGUGAGUGUUUGUGUACAUGUAUAGCAAGACACUAGAACAGUGUUUAGCAGCAGCUGCUGCUCUAUCAACACCAAUGGCAGACAAGUCUGGGGCUUAGACCAGGUCUCGUGCCCAGCCUCGGUCUCGUUCCCAGGCCAGGUCUCGUGCCUGGGUUAGGUCUUGUACCCCGGCCAGAUCUCGUGCCCAGGCCAGGUCUCGUGCCUAGGCCAGGGCUCGUGCCCGAGCUAGGUCUCGUGCCUAGGCUAGGUCUCGUGGCCAAACCAGAUCUCGGGGUCCAAGUCAGGUCUGGUGCCCAGGAUAACCUGGUGGUCAAGGCAGGUCUGGUGCCUAACCUGCAUCCGGACAUCUUCCUUGUAUUCACUUGGCACUGCUGCCAAAAUACUUGCACAUCUCUCAGCAUGGAUAUAGUGAGCAACCUUACAGCAACGUCGCCAAGAUAACAGCAUCAAAACCUCCGCAACACGUAACUAUCAAAUCUUCUUCACCUACAUCAAGAAGAUUCUUCAUCUGAAGAAUUUUGUCCUCAUCUUUGUAAAGGAAUUAAAGAAGUAAAGGUUACGACAGAACGACUAUGGUAAUGGUCGUAGAUACUUUAAGGUGUUAUUGUGAGCUGUGUUAGUUGUCAACACUCAAGUCGUUAGUCAUCCCAUCCCUGUGUGGGAUCAGGGGUGAGAGUAGGUGACACAGGUGAUGGCAACGGUGGUUAAGGAGGAAGCUGAGGCCCCAUACAGCCUCUCCCUCCUACUGGGUGAUCGUAACCCACGGUGCCGACCCAUGACAGCUUCAGCAGUGGUGUGCGGAGCCCCGCCUCCUGCUACACAACACAACCUCCAACCACAAGCACACACUACUCUCCAGCAGCCUCUGCCACAACUUAACAACCAACAACCACAUCCCACACUCAUGAACACAACUGGAGGAGGAGCUUUUGAGAGAGUCCUGCCGCAUUCUCCCUCCAGCAUGACUCCUGCUGAAGGAACCAAGAGGCAUCCCUCACCCAACAAGCCUCCAGCCAACGACCCGCUGUCUCAUCGUAUCAUUGAGAAACGUCGCCGCGACAGGAUGAACAACUGCCUGGCCGACCUUAGCCGUCUUAUCCCUACCUACUACCUGAAGAAGGGACGUGGGCGCAUAGAGAAGACUGAGAUCAUUGAGAUGGCAAUCAAAUAUAUGAAACAUUUACAAGCUCAUGCCUGCAGUCAAAUAGAGAACUGUGAAGUUACGGUAAAACAAGAACGGACAGGAAGACAACUUGAACAAUUCCACUUAGGGUAUCAAGAAUGUAUGUCGGAAACAAUGCAGUUCCUGGUAGAGUCAGAAGGUUUCUUUACUGGUGACUCACUCUGUGUCAGACUCAUGAACCAUCUCAAUAAACACUGUGAGAAGAUCCUUACCAGUGAGGGGUAUGUUACAAGACAGAGCAGAUCCAGUUCGUCCACGUCGAGUGGGUACCAUGCAAACAGCUCAUCUGCAGGAUCAUCCAGUGAUGGCAAUGGUAAUGGCUCAAGCCAUGCAUCUGAGAGUAAGGACACACUUGUCUCAGAAGAAUCGGCUUAUAGGUCUGAAGACCGUCUUGGCUCGAACGAGCGAGAAGAAAAAUCUGGAGGAACAGCCCUGGAAAACAGCUCUGGAAUGGGAAGUCAGCUUCGAGAGAUCCUGCAGCAACAUUCAGGACCUGGAAGCAGCAGUGACCGUAGAUGUGGAAGCUAUUCUUCUGGACUAAGCUCUAAUAAUUCCUCGAGUGGGGAUGACAACAAUAACAGUAGUCGACUAUACAAGUUCAAAUCAAAUAUGAAGCAUAGGUUCAGUGCUGACCUGGAGCAGUCGCACCAGGUCAGAAAGAAGCGAAGAGACUCUGAAUCUUCUUGUGGAAAUUAUACUGACUGUGAAAAAGACAGAGUGACUCCCACAGGCUCUGUGAGUCUCUCACGACCAACCUCAUGCCAUGAGGGAUUUUCUCACGACUUGAAUAAGUUACUAGAUGAGUGUGACAGUCCGAUGCUUGAUAAAAAUCAAAGAUCUUUAACACCUACAUCAAAAUGUGAAAAUCAAGGUGGUAGAAGUUCACCCUGCAGACAAAGUGUCAAUGUUUGUUCUAGGGUAACUGUACCAAUUUUUGCUCUUAACCAGAGUGGAAGUUUUUAUGUACCUUUAACCAUUGAUAGUACUCUUAUUGCUCCUGCCAUUGCAGGAUUGUCAAAUAUAUCACCUGUUUUGCACCCAAUAUCCAUCAAUGUUAACUUCUGUGGUUCUUGUCCAACAAUAACUUCAAAUAUAGUUAAUCCAAAUCAGGGUAACUUUACAGGAGCUUUAAUAUCAAACUCUCAUCAGUCGUUAGGGAACAGACUUUCUCAUGCUUCUCGGAAUUCAACACUGAAUAGUUCUGAAGGCAGUGUUUAUAAUGGACGACCUCACACUCGUGUUGUUGGUGAUCGUAAACGCCUUGAGAUUCAAAGGCAAAUUUCUCAGUUUGAGGAACAGUCUCCAAGUGUAUCUAAUACAAACGAUAGUGUUGAGAAGAGAGAGCCAGGAGACCUAGAAAUACGGGAAACAAGCGAUAUGAGAAAGGAUCACUAUCGGCACUCAGAUCAUCAGCAACGAGACAUACCCCAUGACCCUCCCUGUAUUGAUAAUAAACUUGACACAAAAGACACGAAAGAUAAGGGUCAUGAAAUAAGAGACAUGCGAAAUGCACAUAAUUUACGUGAUAUCAGUGAAAUGUGGGAUAUUCGUGAUCCUGCACAAAUGGUACGGGAAUUUAUUGAUACAAAUAGUAAUUAUACAAAUAACAGUGCAUAUUCUCGGACUCAUGCACACUGGGGUACUGCAUAUCAUAAUCAGUCCAAAAAUUAGCAAUGUAGCUCAAGCAAGAUAAUGAUCUACUGUAGAGUGAGCAUUAAGUGUAAACAUUUACAAACAGUUGGUGGUCUUAGAAUGAAUUUUAAUAGUUUGAAAUAAUAUAACAUUUGAAAUUACUGCAGUCAAUGCAAGUUAUAGAAAUUGACUACAGUUUAUGUGUUGCAAAAACUAUAUUGUUUACGACUGAGUUAUAGCCACAUUUAUUGUGAAAAAUAUUUAUUCUUAGUGGCUAUUUUGUGAAAACAAAUAAAUAGAGAGUUAAUGUUAAGAAAAUUUCAAACUACAAUCAUAAAAAUACAAUGCUGAAAUGAUGUAUAUUGCAGGUGAGAUUGAUCUGUGUUUCAAUAUAAUAGUCUUGCUCAAUCAUGAUUAAUGUGGACAACAGUAUAGUUUCUCUGAAAUCUUAGCCAUCAUAUUUAACAGUACCUGAGUAAUAUACCUAGAUGUAUGUGGUGAAAGAUAGUUCCAAUGUCUUGUUAGGAAAGUCAGUGAUGGAGAGUUAGGACUGGCUCUGUUUUAAAUAGAUUAAGAGUUCGAUAUACAGUAUAACCCACCUCAAGAGUCAAUCUUUCAUCCAAAAACUGUCUCCCCAAGCUAUACCCUUGGACUUAGUGUAGAUACGUAAAAAGAUUACUGAAAAAUAAAAGAAUUUGUGAAUACUAUAGUGAAGUAUAUAUCCAAUUGCUGUAUGAUUAAAUUAUAUGUUAACAAGUCUGGCUGACCAGGCAAGUAGCAAACAAGACUGCCCUAGAGCCUGGAGUAGGAAAACUCUCAAAAUCCAUCAAAGGUAAGGUAAAAUCUAGAAGCUUUCAAUAAUAAUAUCUCAUAGUAAAGAAGAGCCAAAGUAAAUAUGGAAAAAGUGCAUGAGGCAGCACAUAGAUGAUACAGUUCUUGUGGAGAUUCUGAAGAGAUGUUGCUAAGGCUGGUGAGCGAGUCUGCAAGGGUGCAUAAAAGAUGGAAGUAAAAAGUGAACACAGAAAUGAGCAAGGUGAUGAGAAUAACUAAAAAAAAUUAGGCAAUGAAAAAUUGGAUAUCAGACUGGAAAAAGAGCAUAUGGAGGAAGUGAAUGUACAUAUUUAAAUAUAUGUAGCAGAUGUGUUGGCAGAUGGGUCUGUGAAAGACUAGGUGAACCACAGAAUAGAUGAAGAUUCAAAGAUAGGUGGAGUGUUGAGGCAUCUGUGGAGAGAAAAGUUUAUCUAUGGAGGCAAAAAGAAGAUACUGUACCAAAAUAUUGUGGUGCUGACCCCUUUUAUAGAGGUGUAAGACAUGAGCUUUAAACAUUACAGUGAGGACACAGAAACACAGGAGUGACUCUGGUACUACCAUAGGAAUGUACAUUAUACAAUGUGGGAGACAAUAAUUAGUAGGGGAAACUACUUCAUCAGUGAAAAUUAAAAUCUCAUGAACAUAGCAUACUUGCAUUCACAAUGAACAUCUGUUUACCACAAGAACAAUUGUGGAGAACUGAUGAACCAGAAUGAGGGCCAAUUAGUGAUUUAUGAAAGCAACCAAUGAAGGUGAAGUGCAUGGAAGCUGCCAAAACUGCUACCACCAACACAAUUUCAUAAAAAUCCAUAAGCUACAGGAUUUCCAAACUCUUAACCAAAAGGUUGUUACCCUCAUUAAAAUCAGCCAUCAUGUAA